UUUUUCAACUCUGGACAACGGCGCGCGGUGCGCAACACUGGUCAAAACUCAUGCGGGAAUUUGUUAACACAUUUUUGCUCACCAAAUUCAAGUGAAGCGUGGGUGCAUGUAAUAACCACAACGACAACAACAUAAUAGGACGCGAGUGCAAACAGGACGAGAUGACUAACAGCAGUGAAGUGACAACGACAGCGGCGACGGCGCUGGUGGCGGUGGAAGUCCCGCUCAAGGUCGCCCGCCGACGAGUGGAGCGCGUUGGCUUCGUCUACUAUUCUUCGCGCCGCCAACUGCAUGCCCCCGGAGGCGUGGAGCGCAGCGAAAGCGAUGAGAAGCUGGAGGGAGUCGGCGAGGAGGUUGACAUUAGCUACCUCAAGUCGCUGGACCCCAAGGAGUGGAAAGACCAGGAUCAUUACAGCAUUCUUGGCCUGGGAAAACUGAGAUUCGAGGCCACCGACGAUGAUAUACGACGCUCCUACAGACGAAUGGUCCUGCUACACCAUCCGGACAAGCGGAAAGCCAAGGGCGAGGAAGUGAUACAGGAUGACGACUAUUUCACAUGCAUAACCAAAGCCUACGAGAUACUAGGUACCCCGAAAGCACGACGAAGCUUUGAUUCCGUAGACCCCGAAUUCGAUGACUCGCUGCCCACGCAAAGCGACAUAGAUAGCAAUUAUUUUGGCGUAUUCAAUAAAUAUUUUACACUUAACGGACGCUGGAGCGAAAAGGCCCAUGUACCGGCAUUUGGCGAGGUAGACGCCAAACGCGACGAGGUAGAGCGGUUUUACAACUUCUGGUAUGACUUCAAAUCGUGGCGAGAGUUCAGCUACCUGGACGAGGAGGACAAGGAGAAGGGACAGGACCGCGACGAGAGACGAUGGAUCGAGAAGGAAAACAAGGCGGCGCGAAUAAAGCGAAAGAAGGAGGAGAUGACGAGGAUACGGUCGCUUGUUGAUCUUGCCUACAACAACGACAAGCGUAUCCAGCGGUUUAAGCAGGAGGAGAAGGACCGCAAGGCAGCUGCUAAACGGGCCAAAAUGGACGCCGCUCAGGCCCAAAAGGCAGAGCAGGAACGUGCCGUUCGAGAGGCAGCAUUGGCCAAGGAGAAAGCCGAGAAGGCAGAACAGAAACGUAUUGAACAGAUUCGGAUCGAACGCGAGCAACAAAAGAAGCUGCUGAAGAAGGAGCGCAAGAUUCUACGCGACAAGGUCAAGGACUGCAAGUAUUACGCCAAGAACGACAAGGAUCAGCUGAAGCAUAUGGAGGGCACUGAAAAGAUCUGCGAGACUUUCAACCUUGCAGAGAUGCAGGCCUUGAACAAAGCCAUGGAAUCGAAAGGCCGGGAAUCGUUUGUGGCGGCUUUGCACACAGCCGAGCAGAAGAUUGCCGCCGAGCUCGAGGAGAUUAAUCAGUCGCAGCUGAAGCAGAAGACCACUGCACCAGCAACGCCAAAGGGAGUCAAGGAAGUCAAGAAGACCGAACUCUGGAGCAAUGAGAAUGUACAACUGCUGAUCAAGGCGGUGAAUCUGUUUCCGGCCGGCACUGCCCAGAGGUGGGAUGUGAUAGCCACCUUUAUCAACCAACACAGUCCGGCAAAUGCUUCCAACGGAGCGCUAGUCACCGCAAGAGAUGUCCUGAACAAAGCCAAGGCUCUGCAAAACACUGAUCACUCGAAGAGCUCGCUGAAGACUCAGGCCAACGAUGCCGCCUUUGCCAGUUUCGAGAAAUCCAAGAAGGAGGUGCAGACCUCCAACGACAUUACACUGGGCGAGGAGACGCCCGCCCAGGCGAGCAAGGAGAAUGUUAAACAGAACGGAGUAGACCACAAGGUGAACAAUCAGCAACAGAAGCAACAGACCAAGCAAAACGGUACAGUGGGAGCUGCCCCUACAGAUGCCCCCGCGGCAGCACCAGCUACAAACGGAACCGGAGGAGCUGCCUCCAAGACCUGGACCAAGGAGGAGCAAGCACUCUUGGAGCAGGCCAUCAAAACCUAUCCCAACACCACUCCCGAUCGGUGGGACAGGAUCGCCUCCUGUAUACCGAACCGCAGUAAAAAGGAUUGCAUGAGAAGGGUAAAGGAACUGGUCGAGCUGGUCAACUCCAAGAAGGAGGCUCAGGCGGCGGUCAAAUGAGUGGGGGCCCAUAUAUCGCUCCCCACUCUGUCCUCCUCUUUUAGCUGCUGUGUCCCAUAUAAAUUUUAUUUAAAUAAAACAUAAAAAGUUUUUGAACGUUUAGCGAAAAGUUA